AUGAAGCAAAAUAUUGGACGGGGCGAAUUUUCUCAGUUCCCCAAUUUGUCACAGACAAGCUGCCAGGAAGACGACAUUUCAACUUGCGUGCAACAUUUAAAUGCCCUCUAUUCAGAUUUUGAAUCUAGGCUUGAGGAUAUUUUGACUAUGGUAAUACCACCGUGGAUAAUUAGUCCAUAUGGUGAUAAAGAAGAAACGAAUGUCAUAAUACAAGAGGAACUGACUGAACUAAGUACAAACGAAGAACCUAAGGUUCAGUUUAAAAACGGAUAUCAGCAAUUCUGGCUGCAAAACAACAUACCCGUUACUUAUCCCGUUACCUAG